GCGAGGCGAGGCGUUGGCGCGUCAGUUCCGGGCGGCGCGCGAUGCUGUCGGCGGCGGGGGGCUCCGGCCCCGGCGGGGCGGGCGGCUCCGGGCCGGGGCUCGGCGGGGACGGGGACUUCCUGUCGCGGUACCGGCUGGUGUCGGCCAAGCUGCGGCGGCGGUUCCUGCGGAAGCCGAACGUGGCGGAGGCGGCGGAGCAGUUCGCGGCGCUGGCGCGGGAGCUGCGCGCCCAGGAGAGCCUGCCCUACGCCGCCUGGUGCCAGCUGGCCGUGGCGCGCUGCGCCCAGAGCCUCUUCCACGGGCCCGCCGAGGCGGCCGCUCUGGCCGAGGCCGCGCGGCUCUUCCUGCGCCAGGAGCGGGACCUGCGGCAGCGCCUGGGGCUGCGCGGCGGCUUCGGCGAGUACGUGGCGGCGGCGCAGAGCUGCGGCGCCUUCGCCGCCCGUCUGCACCUGGAGCGGGGGCAGCCGGCGCUGGCGGCCGGGCUGUGCCUGGAGCUGGCGGCGGCGCUGCGUGACACGGGCCGGCCCGCCCGCGCCGCCGCGCAUUUGCAGCGGGCGGCCGAGCUGCUGACGGCGGCGCGGCUGCCCCUGGAGGCGCUGCGCUGCCUGGCCGAGCGCGCCUCCUGCCUCCUGCUGGGCCGCGACUACGCCGGCGCGCUGGCGGCGCUGACGCGGGCGCAGGCGCUGGCCGGGGCCGGGCUGGGCGGCGGGGGCGGCGGCGCGCCCGUGCCCGCGCCCGGCGGCGCCUUCCUGGACGUGCUGGCGCGCUGCGAGGUGUCGCGGGUGCUGCUGCUGCUGCUGCUGCAGCCGCCGCCCGCCAAGCUGCUGCCCGAGCACGCCCGGACGCUGGAGCAGUACUGCUGGGAGGCGCCGGAGGGCGGCGCGGGGCCGGGGCCCGGGGGCGGCCCCGGGGCGGGCGGCGGGCUGCCGCCGGCGGCGAGCUACCUACCGGCCGAGCUCUUCUUGCUGCUGCAGUCGGCCGUGCUGGCGUGCCAAGAGAAGGAUGCGGAGGCGCUGAAGGCCCUGCAGGCCGAGCUCUGGCCGCUGCUGAGCGCCGAGCAGAACCACCUGCUGCACCUGGUGCUGCAGGAGAUGCUCAGCCCCGCCGGACAGGGGCUCUGAACGGCGCCGCCGCCACGGACGGGCUUCGCCGUGCUUCCGCAGGGCGGCAGGGCCGGGCUUGGGCUCGCGCCUGAAGCCACGGCCUGUGUCCAUGUAUCCUCUAUUUCGUUAUUUAUUUUUAACGUGAAUUCUGUAACAGAAGCAAGUAAUAAUUGAUGGGCGAAUGUGUUCAUCUACACAUUUAUCUUGUUUCAUAGUAAACUACUCACGGUAUGUAUUGGAAGUUGUCAUGCUUGGAAAAGUGUAACCCCAAAGCAGAAGGGCCAAUGUGAGGCAGACCCAGGCUGUUCCUUAAGGAACUGGCCACGAUUUGCAGACAGGAAGACUUGCGAGGAGGAUGUCACCCAGGGUACGUGCAUUGGAGGGCUUGCACAUCUAGGAAUCAAAUGUUAUUGGAGUUGCUUUUUUUUUUU